CGAAAGGACUGAAGUGGGCAUUCUGACUCGUGAAGGAGACUUAACAACAAUUUAACACGAGUUUGCCAUCUUUUUGAUAUACUUAAAAGGUGCAGAGAGUGACAUAGUAUACAUACUAAUAGGAAGGCGCACCUUGAAGUUGUUUUCUGUGCAGCUGAGUGCACUUUCGACGUCGUCUGCUAGGAAAUGUCUGAGAAAAUUCUAAUCUAUCAUGUGAAUGGUAGGCCUGAGUUAUAAAUACGCUUAAUCAUGUUAAGAAAAUGUGGCUAUUGGAUGGUAUUGUUAUUAAUUUUUUAUGUGAUUUGUGUGUUUUACAUAAUAUCUACUUUAAAAUUAAACGAAGGUCAAAUAUUGGAGAAGAACGAUUUGACCGACGAUAGACAGAACAUUCGGGGUAUCCAGGACGAUAUUGCUAGUAGACGACAGAGUGAACCGAAUGUAGUACCUGUAGUUGUAGAAUCGUUAGAGGAAGAUGUACCAAAUUUAGCUGUUGGUAGAAAUAUUCUAAUUGAAAAGGGUGGAGUGGGCCCGUUUUUUGCGAAUCAACCAAAGACAGAGGGAAAUGGUAAGCAAACGGCUCCACUUCCAGUCAGAUCUCAAUUCAGACCAAUUGGUGAGCGCUUUUAUGUUUAUUCCUCAUAUUUUGACGACAGACUUCGAGACAGUUUUAUUAGAAUUGUAGCAAUUGGACCAAGGAAAAGACCAAAGAGUAAAUCAGGACUUAUGUGUAUAUUUGAAAGUCAAAAGGCAAAAAACGGUACUGUUGCUACGGAUAUCCGGCUUUCAGAAACAUGUGAAAACCAUAAGCAACUAACAUCGUUUUAUUUGAUGUCUUGUUUGGUGCCUAAUGCUGUAGUCAAACAAUUCCGGCAGAAUAGGCAGUGGAAUUUCAAACUUAAAGAUCAAAAGAGUGAAAGAGAUGGAUUCAUUUUGACAGCCGUCAAUAACCGUCCUUUCCGAUCUCUUAACAAAACACGGUCUCAAUUUUGUCUCUGUGUUCCACCUCUGUACGGUGAUUUGAAACCUUUACAUUUUGUGGAAUUUAUGGAAUUAUCCUUGUUGCUUGGAGUGGAACAUUUUACCUUUUAUGAUUACCAAAUAGGUCCUGAAAUUCGAUCAAUUGUAAAAGUUUAUGAAAACCUUGGAAUUGUUACAGUUUUAAAGUGGAAUAUUCCAGAUGUGCGUCACAUAUGGAGUUAUGGUCAAUCUGCAUCUAUUGCUGACUGCAUUUACAGAAAUAUGUAUAAUUUUCAAAUCGUGGCACUAAGUGAUAUCGAUGAAUUUAUAAUACCACGCCAUCUCGAGUCUUGGAAAACCAUGCUGGCAUAUUUGGAAAAUCAAAAUAGGCGCGUUGCCAAGAGUGUGGCUGCCUACCGCUUCAAAAGUUCUUUCUAUCACGGAAAUACAGAAAACGUUACUUCAGAAUGGCGAAUGUUUAAAUCGUUAUCUAAUAUAUUACGAACGAAAACAGUAAGUGAUAUACGUACUAAACUUAUGGUAUACCCAGAAACGGUAUUUGAGUUAGGAAUUCACCACCUUAGUCAACCUAUUAAAACCCAUUAUAAAACUUUAAAUGUUGAUGGAAACACAGCAUUAGUGCAUCACUAUAGAAAUUGUAAAGACGUUCAAGAAAUGACUUGUGGACAAUUUAUUGAAGACUAUACAGCACAACGAUAUGGGAAAGUUUUAGUUGAAAACACUAAACGUGUUUUACGGCGUGCGAAGACGGAAACGUGAGAAAAUCGAAUCUUAUGUGGCAUUAAAUUACUAAAUCCCAUACAUUUACACAGGUUCAUUCACUCGUUUCUGGCCUGUAAUCGCGGGCUGUAGGUGAUGCAAGAUAAAUAAUUUCAACGAAAGCAUCAAUCAAAUCAAAAAGUCUUUAAACAAUUCUAUCUACAUGUAUAUUAUAUUCAUAAAUUGCUUCGCAUUUUUACCACUGUUGGCGUUAUUACUUUACAUUAUAGAUCAUCGCAAUGUGCAAUGAAAUCGAAAGCCGAUAUUUUUCAGAAUUUUGAGCAUUCUAUUAAUGUUGUAUAGGCACUUUAAAAAGUUCAAUUUUGUUGGAAGGGUAUUGAAGAGAAAACAUAUUAACUUAGGAAUAUGUUUGAGUUAAAGAUGUUUUCAAGCACACUUUAUUUAUUUUAUCUCAUAAAUUCAUCAUUUUC